CAACAUGGCGGCUCCUCUGCAGGUGAUAGUGAGCAGUGACUCCGGCUCUCAGCUGUGGAACAGCACCGUGUUUGACCCGCACAGUGGGUCCAGUCUGCUGUCCUACCGAGGCGGGAACAGCGCGGCCCGGUCCCUCUGCGUGCUGAACGGAGAGUACAUGCUGUCUGCUCAGCUGGGGAAGAACUUCAUCAACGUGUGGGAGAUCCAGAGGAAGGAUCAGCUGCAGCAGAAGCUGGUGUGUCCAGGUGUGGUCACAUGUCUGACUACAUCACCUGAUGGACUCUUCCUGGCUGCAGGUGUGUCUGAGGCUGUUUACCUGUGGGAGGUGUCCACAGGUAAACUGCUUUCCGUCCUCAGUCGUCACUAUCAGGAUGUCACCUGUCUGAAGUUCACAGACGACAGCAGUCACUUUGUGUCCGGAGCAAAAGAUAACCUGGCUCUGGUGUGGAGUCUGUGCAGUGUGAUCCAGCUGGAUUUGAACCAAACCGCUGAGCCACGUCACAUCCUGUCUCGUCACUCUCUACCAAUCACAGACCUGCACUGUGGCCUCAUGGGAGCUCAGGCCAGAGUCGCCACCGCCUCCUUAGACCAGACUGUCAAGGUAUAUAACACCUGUCCUGUGUUACAGGUAUAUAACACCUGUCCUGUGUUACAGGUAUAUAACACCUGUCCUGUGUUACAGGUAUAUAACAUCUGUCCUGUAUACAGGUAUAUAACACCUGUCCUGGGUUACAGGUAUAUAACACCUGUCCUGGGUUACAGGUAUAUAACACCUGUCCUGUGUUACAGGUAUAUAACACCUGAAGCUGAAAGUUGCUUGAAGAGCUCAGAGUGA